CAACGCCGGCCUUGCAGUACACAUUUGCUCUGUUGUGAAGUUGUUGAGUGCAAGCGCAAUUCGCGCCAUACUGUUUUCAUUACGACGUAAAUGAAAUAAUUGACAAUCGGCAGGAAUUCGAAAAGGAUUCUUCUAUACUAUUCUUUCUAGAUAGUUGCCAGGAUGACAGCGUCAAAUGUGCCGUAUGACACAAUGUCAAUGACAUCUCGCCUGGGACCGCUGUUCACGAAAUGCUGCUGUUGCAUUCCUCUGAGGAUUGGGUGCUUCAUCCUCGGAUAUUUAAAUCUGGUUUUCAAUGCCUUCCACAUGCUCGCCCUACUAGCUCUGACCACAUACAUCGGCUUAACCACCCAUGGUUUCGACCACUACGAUCCUGAGGACCUCCGCUUCAUUAAUAGCAAUCCUUCUACCGUAGAGUCCUACGAGAGACCGUUCUUGAACCAGAUCGGUCUGUUGCUGUUGGUGAUAUUGAGUGUCAAUUUGGUGUGGUUGGUCAUCAAUAUCGCUUGCUUGGUUGGAUUACACAAGAGGCGUCCUGGUCCCGUCAGGCUGUACGUGGCGUUUGCGACGGCGCGUCUCCUUCUGACACUCGCAGGGUUCGUCUACCUUGUCAUGACAGCCAGCUCCAAUAUCCAAGCGGUAGUGUCAAACAGUAUCGAUAUGGUUUUAACGGUGUAUUUCGUCGUGGUGUACUACAUGUGCGCACUACAAAUGGAGCGUGAACGAGACGAAGGCCGGGAGAUUAAGAAGCUUCCCGUUGGAGACAUUUCGUUCAUAUAUUCCGCUAAUAUCGACAAACAAAGCCUGGUGGCUUGAUUGUAUCAACUGUUCUUUAUUAAGAAGCUUAAGUUGCGAGACAAUGUGCCUAGUUCUGGCAAGAUUCUCUUAUAUUAAAACUAAAUUUGACAACAGUCUUCCCUAUU